CAGCAGGCGGGAGGCGGUAAGUUAUGGGUUGCUUCAAGGGCAGAAGUCACCAUGAUUAGUUGACUUGACCAUCUACCACCGCAUUCCGUUGGCCUGGAUCUGAUCCAGUCGCAAAUUCCUUUCUACAUGAGAUUGUCCGUCCGCCUUGCAUACUCGUCGCUCCUUUCGCUUCGAACCUUGAGCCCGCUGACAUUCCGCCCUCGACCAAUAUCAAGACCUCUCAUGUCGACCGCCUCCUUCCAACAAAGUCCUCCCUCGCGCCCCUUUGCCACAGUCAUGAGCUCAGUCAGGCACAUAACAGAUAACUUGGAGAAGCCGGAUCUCGACGAUAGAUCGUAUCGUGUCAUCGAGCUCCCAAACAAACUCGAAGCAUUACUCGUUCAUGAUGCGCAGACGGACAAGGCCAGUGCAAGUCUCAAUGUCAAUGUUGGGAACUUCUGUGAUGAAGAAGACAUGCCCGGCAUGGCACAUGCCGUAGAGCAUUUGCUAUUCAUGGGCACAGAGAAGUAUCCGAUCGAGAAUGAGUACAGCUCCUACCUCUCCUCCAACUCUGGGCACUCCAAUGCAUACACCGCCGCUACGCAGACGAACUACUUCUUCGAAUGUGCCGCGUCGCACGAGUCGCACGAUGAUGUCCCAAAUGGUGCGGUCAACGGGACGAGGGAGGCGCCGACGAAUGGGACAUCGAGAGGGCCAUUAUAUGGUGCUCUAGACCGAUUUGCACAGUUUUUCGUGAAGCCUCUCUUCCUAGAAAAUACUCUGGACAGGGAAUUGAGAGCAGUGGACUCGGAGAACAAGAAGAACCUACAGAGCGAUGCUUGGAGAUUGUCGCAGCUAGCAAAGUCUCUGUCGAACCCUCAACAUCCCUACCACCAUUUCUCUACCGGGAACUUGCAGACACUCAGAGAUGAGCCGGAGAAAAGAGGUGUCAAGAUACGAGACGAAUUCAUUCGCUUUUAUGAAAGACACUAUUCCGCGAACAGGAUGAAGCUUGUCGUGUUGGGCCGCGAGUCUCUGGAUGAGCUGGAAGGCUGGGUCGCCGAACUUUUCUCCGAGGUCAAAAACAAAAACCUGGGACAAAAUCGAUGGGACGGAAUUGAGAUGUUAACAAAGGAUCAGCUGUCCACCGAGAUUCUUGCAAAGCCUGUCAUGGAGUCACGCUCGCUCGAAAUCAGCUUUCCAUGGCAGGAUGAAGAAGAGAUGUACGAAACGCAACCGGCGAGGUACAUCAGCCAUUUGAUUGGACAUGAAGGACCUGGUAGCGUUCUAGCAUACUUGAAGGACAGGGGAUUAGCUCAGACCCUUUCAGCUGGAUAUCAUCCUGUCUGUCCGGGCUCCGCGUUUUUCGAGAUUGACAUCGGAUUGACCCCAGAUGGUCUCAAGAAGUACCAUGAGAUCGUCACCAUUGUCUUCCAAUAUAUCGGCAUGAUGAAGGCAAAUCCACCUGUCGAGUGGAUGCACGAAGAAAUGAAGAAUAUGGCCGAAGUCGAUUUCAGAUUCCGACAGAAAUCCCCGGCUAGCCGCUUCACGAGUGCCACAAGCAGUGUGAUGCAAAAGGGUUUGCCCCGCAGCUGGCUGCUCAGUGGUACAAGCAAGUUCCGAAAAUUUGAUGCCAAAGCCAUUGUGCAAGCCAUGCAAUACCUCAGGGAGGACAACUUCCGGCUGAUGCUAGUGUCCCAAGAGUAUCCCGGCACAUGGACCCAGAAGGAGAAAUGGUACGGAACGGAGUACAAGGUGGAGAAAAUACCUACAGAUGUUUUAUCAGGAGUACGGAAGGCUUUGUCAUCACCCCAGAAUGAGACGCCCAAGGAACUUCAUCUUCCCCACAAGAACGAGUUUAUCCCGACCAAGCUGGACGUGGAAAAGUUGGAUAUCAAGGAGCCAGCGAAGACGCCAAAACUGCUACGCAACGAUGACAUGGUUCGGCUCUGGUGGAAGAAGGAUGACACCUUCUGGGUGCCGAAAGCCAACAUCAACAUCAAGCUGAGAAAUGCAAUCACUUACUGCAGCCCGGCAAGUUAUGUCAAGAGCGUGCUUUUCCUCAACCUGGUCAAAGAUGCUUUAUCGACCUAUUCUUAUGAUGCCGAGAUAUCAGGUCUUUCCUACGCCAUUAUCCCGAAUCAGCUCGGCGUGGAUAUCAGCGUGCAUGGAUAUAAUGACAAGAUGGCUGUUUUUCUCGAAAAGAUCUUGUCCACCAUCCGAACUAUUGAGAUCAAGGAUGACCGGUUUGAGAUCAUCAAGGAACGCAUGGAACGUAAAUACAAGAACUGGUAUUAUCAGCAGCCAUACUACCAGAUUGGAGACUACACAAGAUGGUUGCUGAAUGAACGUGGGUGGAUGACAGAUUCCUACGCAGCAGAGCUUCCGCACAUCACCGUCGAGGAUGUCAAAACUUUCGGACCCGAGCUUCUCCAACAAGUGCAUACUGAGGUUCUUGCCCACGGCAAUCUGUACAAGGAAGAUGCGAAGAAGAUUGCCAACCUAAUCGAGUCGACUUUGAAACCACGUACUUUGCCGGUGUCACAAUGGCAGCUGAGAAGAAAUGUCAUUGUGCCAGAGGGAAGUAACUUCGUGUACAAGCACACGCUAGGCGACCCGGCGAAUAUCAACCACGCCAUCGAGUACUAUCUGGAUGUCGGCCAUGUCAUGGACAUUCCGCUUCGAUCAAGACUGCAAUUGUUUGCUCAGAUGACCGACGAACCAGCCUUUGACCAACUCAGGACGAAGGAACAACUAGGCUAUGUUGUGUGGAGCGGCAUCCGCCCUGCUGCUGUAACGAUGGGUUACAGAGUGCUCAUCCAAAGUGAGCGAGACCCUGACUAUCUUGAAACGCGUAUCAACGCGUUCUUGCUCAAGUUCAAGCAAGAUCUGGAAGAAAUGUCCGAGGAAGAUUUUGAAGGACACAAGCGAAGUCUCGUGAAUAAGAGACUCGAAAAGCUGAAGAACCUCGACUUUGAGACGAACCGCCUUUGGGCCUAUAUUAGCGGCGAGUACCUCAACUUUUACCAAGUCGAUCGGGAUGUAGCAGUCAUCAGACAGCUCACUAAGGACGACAUAAAGCAAUUCUACGCUCGGUACAUUGACCCCGAGUCGCCCAACCGGGCCAAGGUGUCUGUUCAUCUUGAAGCACAGUCUUCAGCUCCUGUGGCCGAAGUGUCAGCGUCAGAAAAGAAGGACCAAUUCGUCGGGCUUAUUGGACAAGCUCUUGGUUCUCUUGGCGUCGAUGUCGAAGAGAUCAGGCUCAAGACUCAUUUUGAGAAGGUUGAUCCCAUUGACCAUGCUGGAACCACAGAUGCAAUCAAGGAGUAUAUUGGCACAUCCCUUCCGGCAUCAAACAGCGACGAGAUCGUGGGACAGAUCAAGGAGGCAAUGCCUCAACUCUUGGUGGCCCUGAAGAUCAAGCCUGUCACGCCUCCGACAGAUAGUGCUGAGGUCGCUUCAAAGAUCCCAACACCUGUGAUCAUCAAGGACGCUUAUCGAUGGAAAGCUGGCUUGCAAGUGACCCAGGGUCCUCUUGCAGUGGAGGAUAUCCGCAGUUUUGAGGAUCUCGAGUCGAAGUUGUGACACUCGGCGGACUGUGAUCAGGCCUAUAGCUGGUGUAGACGAUAGAGGCUUGGACUGCACAGCGACGGCGUUGUUCGGCUAGCAUCUUUUAUCAUGUAGACUGGAGAUAGAUGGCGUGUUGGAGUGCAGUGGAAUAUAUGAUGUUGAGCGACCCUGUCCAC